GGUACGUGCGGUCAGACGUUAGUAGGUAAAGUUGCAUUCAGCAUUUGAAUCUUUGGUUUUCAGUGUUCAGGUAUUGGCAAAUGAUAAUUUAUUGGUUAUUAUUCUGAUGAUGUCUGGAACGUUAUUAUUUCCUGAAAAUUCUGAAAAUUAUUUCUGCACCAAGAUACUUGCUGCAGUUGAAUUCAGCAAAAGCAAAGUGAAUAUUAAAGUUGAAUCAUCUGAAUCUAAAGGAAAACCAGUUCCAAGGUAUGAGUCAGGAAGCAUUGUCUUCACAGAAAACAAUGCUAUUUGUCGAUCUGUUUCAUCAAAAAGUUUGUGGGGAGACAAUGAGUUUGAAAAAUCCGCAGUUUAUCAAUGGAUUGAAUUUGCAGAUGUAGAACUUUAUAUUCCUGGAAGCGUCUGGACAUUUCCUAUUCUUGGCAUCAAAUCUUAUAAUAAACAGGAUUUCGCGAAAGCAAAAAGUGACCUAGAAAAUGCGCUGAAGUGUUUGAAUUCACAUCUGGAAACUCGGACAUAUCUUGCUGGUGACAGAGUAACUCAAGCUGAUAUUGCUUGUGCAGCUGCAUUGUAUCUACCUUCACAAUUGGUAUUGGACAAGAAAACAUAUGAACCAUAUCCGAAUAUGACCAGAUGGUUUACAACUGUGAUAAACCAACCACAAUUUCGUAAAGUCCUCAAAGAAGAUAAUGAAAUUCAAAUGUGUGAAAAAGCAGAAGUUUUUGAUGGCAAAAAAUAUGCAGAAAUGCAGAAACAAAUUAAGGCAUUGAAAGAUAAACCUAAAAAAGCAAAUUCAAAAGAUUCUAAAAACCAGGGUGAUGAGAACUCUGGUGCUGGAGACAAACCUAAAUCAGCAGCUCAAUUAAAAAAGGAAGCGAAAAAGAGAGAGAAAAUGGAGAAAUUUAAUGCAAAGAAGAGUAAAAUGGAAGAACAGAAGAAAGCUCAGCAGCAAAAGAAACCUUCUGAAAAGCCAGAGAAGAAAAAAGCUGCCGCCAUCAUCAAGUAUGAAAAAGACACAGAAGUUGGAGAAAAGAAGGACAUUUCAGGAGACAUGCCAGACAGUUAUAGUCCGAAGUAUGUUGAAGCAGCAUGGUAUGGUUGGUGGAGAAAGAAUGGAUUUUUCAAACCGGAAUAUGGGCGUAAAUCUGUGUAUGAAGCUAAUCCGAAGGGAAUGUUUAUGAUGUGUCUUCCUCCACCCAAUGUAACAGGGAAAUUACAUCUUGGUCAUGCUCUCACCAAUACUGUUGAAGAUGUUUUAACAAGAUGGCACAGGAUGAGAGGUGAAACAACACUUUGGAAUCCUGGUUGUGAUCAUGCUGGUAUUGCUACUCAGGUUGUUGUAGAACGAAAAUUGAAAAGGGAGAGAGAUAUAUCUCGUCAUGAUAUCGGAAGAGAAGCUUUUUUGAAAGAAGUUUGGAAAUGGAAAGAGGAAAAAGGAAAUAGUAUUUAUGAGCAACUGCGCAGUCUUGGAUCAUCAUUGGAUUGGGAUCGGGAAUUUUUCACAAUGGAUGACAAACUAUCGAGAGCUGUAAAAGAAGUUUUUGUGCGAUUGCACGAUGAAGGAGUUAUUUUCCGAAGCAACAGGCUUAUCAACUGGUCAUGUGCUUUGAAAUCUGCUAUAUCUGAUAUUGAGGUUGACAAAAGAGAUUUACCAGGAAGGACACUUCUCAAUGUACCGGGUUAUGACAAGAAAAUAGAAUUCGGUGUUCUUGUUUCAUUUGCAUAUCCAGUAAUAAAUGGAAAACCAGGUGAAGAGAUCAUUGUCGCAACAACAAGAUUGGAAACCAUGCUCGGUGAUACAGCAGUUGCAGUUCAUCCGGAAGAUGAGAGAUAUAAGCAUUUGCACGGGAAGUUUGUACAACAUCCAUUCUGUGAUCGAAAAAUCCCUGUUAUCUGCGAUGAAAUGGUCGACAGAGAAUUUGGGACUGGUGCAGUAAAGAUAACUCCUGCUCAUGAUCCAAAUGAUUAUGAUUGUGGAAAGAGGCACGAUUUACCUUUUAUAACUAUGCUGAGUGAUACUGGUGACAUUGCUAACACAAAUACAAGGUUUGAUGGAAUGAAGAGAUUCAUUGCAAGAAGCGAAGUUGAAAAAGAUCUCAAAGAAAAGAAUCUUUAUCAUGGAACGAAGGAUAAUCCUAUGGUUGUCCCAAUUUGCAGUCGAUCCAAAGAUAUUGUUGAGCCAAUGAUCAAAGCUCAAUGGUUUGUUAAUUGCAAUGACAUGGCACGAAGAUCUGUUGAAGCAGUAAAAUCAGGAGAGUUAAAACUUGUUCCAGAUAUUCACAAUAAAACAUGGUUUAUGUGGCUUGAAAAUAUCAGAGAUUGGUGUAUAUCCAGACAGUUAUGGUGGGGACAUAGAAUUCCUGCAUAUUUUGCAACUGUUGAUGAUCCAUCUGUUCCACCUGGUCAAAGGACAGAUGGAAAAUAUUGGUUUUCCGGUCGAGAUGGGAAGGAAGCUCUUGCUAAGGCAGUAAAGGCGUUCAAAGUCGAUGAAUCAAAAAUAUCGUUAGAACAAGAUCACGAUGUAUUAGAUACCUGGUUUUCAUCAGGAUUGCUUCCCUUUUCCAUUUUUGGUUGGCCAGAUGAGACUCCUGAUUUGAAAUAUUUCUUCCCUGGAACACUUCUUGAAACUGGUCAUGACAUUCUGUUUUUCUGGGUUGCAAGGAUGGUCAUGUUCUCCUUACAUUUGACAGAUAAACUUCCUUUUAAAGAAGUUUAUUUACAUGCGAUGGUACGAGAUGCCCAUGGAAGAAAAAUGAGUAAAAGUUUGGGAAAUGUCAUCGAUCCUAGUGAUGUUAUAAACGGAAUCACAUUGGAGGAGCUUCAUCAAGCUCUUCGUAAUAGUAACCUUGAACCGAGAGAAGUUGAAACUGCAAAAGCAGGUCAGAAAGCUGAUUAUCCAGACGGAAUUCCAGAAUGUGGAAGCGAUGCUUUACGAUUUGCACUCUGUGCCUACACUUGCCAAGGCAGAGAUAUCAAUCUUGACGUUAAUCGCAUUCUUGGAUAUCGACAUUUCUGCAAUAAAUUAUGGAAUGCUGUCAAAUUCUCACUACGGUCACUCGGUGACAAUUUUGUACCAAAAGCAAACUUUCAACCUGAUGGCACAGAAAGUAUCGUCGAUAAGUGGAUUCUCAAUAAACUUGCAAGAGCUGUUGCAACUUGUAAUGAAGGCUUCGGAACCUAUCAAUUUCCAAGCAUAACCACUGCAAUAUACAACUUUUGGCUGUAUGAACUAUGCGAUGUGUAUUUGGAGUGUUUGAAACCUGUAUUUUCUGGGGCUGAUGCAUCAGCGAUUGAAACAUCACGAAAUGUACUUUAUACUUGUCUGGAAGUUGCGCUACGUCUCACUUCACCUCUCAUGCCUUUUAUCACAGAAGAGCUCUGGCAGAGGUUGCCACAAAGAAAAGAGAAUGAACGAAGUUGUCCAAGCGUAAUGGUGUCUGAAUAUCCAGGAGCAAAUAAGUAUUCAUGGGCAGAUGAUGCGAUCGAUUCAGAGAUGGAUUUAAUUUCUUCUAUCAUUAAAACAACGAGAUCGUUACGUGCUGAUUAUAACUUGACCAAAACAAAAGCUGAAGUGUUUAUCCAUUGUACGGAUGAAUCCUUGGCAACGACAAUAGCGAAGUAUACAGAAGCUGUUAAAACUCUCUCAUAUUCAUCUAAUAUCAAGAUUUUGACAAAGGAUGAGAAAGCGCCAUCGGGAUGUGCAGUUGGGAUUGUCAACGAUAAAUGUGAUGUUAAUUUAAUGUUGAAGGGACUAAUUGAUCUUGACAAAGAAAUUAUGAAACUUCAAAAGAAACAAGCAGAAAAUGGGAAGAAGAUUCAAGAUAUGGAAAAGAAAAUGGCCAAGGAAGAAUACAGCUCAAAAGUUCCGAAGAAAGUUCAAGAAGCUGAUUCCGAGAAGGUUCAACAACUCAAAACUGAAUUGAAAAAAAUGCAAGAAGCAGAAAAGAGUUUUGUGUCAAUGAUGAGCUGAUGUGGAGACAAUAAACAACGUUCCUAUCAUGUUUUAUUUUGGAAUUAAAUUGGUAGCCCGAGUCUUUUUAUAGAGAAAAUCUAAAAUUUGUUGAAUAGGAAUAUUUAUGUUGUAGUGUUUUGAAUAUCUUUCUUGGUGUAUACUGAAUGUCCUGCAAAGGUUUCUCCAUUCUUGGUAGUGUUUGCCCUUAGAAUGUGUGACAGUGUGUAGGAUCAUUUUUUGCCAACUUUUUUAAAUCAACAGGCUAUAUAACUGUUUUUUGAUAAGUGAUGUACACGCGUCUCCUUUCUGUUUAGUGUUCAUUUCAAGACCACGUAGCAACUCGUUGAAAUUAUAUUUAGAGGUGAUUUAACAUGCUUUGCUUAUUUUAAGUGUUCUUGAACACAUACGCUUCUUUUGGAUCAUAAUUUGUUUGACAACCUCACUGUUAUCCAAUCUUGAGUUAUUUACAGUUCAGGAUUUACGAAGUGUAAUAAAAUUGGUGAACACAUAUUUGAGUUUGUAAUCAUCUCAAUUUCAUUGACCUAUACUACGUUAUGGAGAUAUUUUUUAACAUGACCCACAGUUAAUUUAUACAGGUGUAUCCAUCAAUUAGAUUGAUAAUUUUUAAUUCAAUUUGCCGUUGGGAAAUAAUUAUUGAAGUCGACAUAA